GAGAGUGCACUCCCGAGCAGCAGAGUCGAGCUUCUACUUGUCACUUUGCUCCAGACACCUGACAGGUGAGGGAUCACACCGGGCUCGGGCCGGGGCUCACAAAAUGCCGACAGAUGUGCCCGAAGACAGACUCGUCAUCCCCGAGGAGAUUGCGAGCAAGUGUGACAGCAUGACUCUGUCCAGCACGCCGACAGUUCGCAGAGGAAGUACUCCUCUGCCAAUAAAGCACCAACUCAGGCGAGAAGAAGCCGUCCACGAUGACUGCGACUGGACUUCAGGUGCAGUUGGACCCUCUCCUUCCCCGAUCAGCUUCACCCCUGCCUUGGACGACACUCCAGCUGUGACUAUAGAGGGCAGACCUUACGGGCCUUUGCGGAUCGCCCUGCUGGGACAGAACGGCGUGGGGAAAUCUUCCCUGGCCAUCGCCUUCACUGGGGACAUGGACAGGACUGCGUCUGUAGAUUCUGAAGGGGAGGGUUAUGUGCACACAGUCACUGUGGAUGAUGAGGAGAGCACCAUCAUUAUCUAUGACAACUGGAGACAGGACCUGUCCGUUCUCCAGUGUGAGGUUUGUGUUCUGGUGUUUGCGGUGACUGACAGACGAAGCUUCCACCGCACCGCUCAACUGCGACUUCUCCUGAGGGAGACUCAGCCCCAGACUCCCAUAAUCCUCGUUGGUAAUAAGAGCGAUCUCGUUCGCAGACGUGAGGUCACUUCUCAAGAGGCCGUGGCCAGCGCUGCCCUCUUCAACUGUCUGUAUCUGGAGAUCUCCGCCUCCCUGGAUCACCGCACGCCGGAGCUGCUGGAGUGCGCGGUGCGGCUGGCCAGGGGCCAGGCCCCGUGGCCCCCGGGGACCAGCGCGGAGGACAUGGCCGGAGGAGGCCGUGAAAGCAUCACCUCACGUGCCAAACGUUUCCUGUCCAAUCUGGUGCCGCGCUAUCCACGGGAGCGAGAAGUGGGCAAAUUCCUGAGGCAGAAGUCCCGCUCCUGCCACGACCUGGGGGCGCUGUGAUGGCGGGAAGUUUGAGGGGUUUAGAUUUUAAACUGAGAUUAGCUUGAAAUGAUGCAGUUGAGAAACAGAGAGGAGAGGGUGUGACGGCAUCUACAGUACCGGACAGGAGGGGAGGAUGUGAGGGACGGAGAAGAAGAAGAACUAGAGAAACGACAGGAUGUUAGUAGUCAACGCUGGGAAACGUCAUCACGCACAGAAGAGGGAAAACAAGUCAAAGCAAGACAGCAAACGUUAGUAGUCGUCUGUAUGAUGAUUUAGAAAAUUUGUACAGAAGACCAAACAUAGAAAAAGAAGAUAAAUCAUUGUUGUAGAAAAUAUGUAAAUAAGCUGUAGAAGUGAUGAAUUGCCACACUCAUAGUUUUGAGAUGCAAAUAAAUGGCUUUUUGAGUCGUGAGAAAAUAGUUUCAUCUUGGCCUUGAGUUCUGUUACUGCACAAUCACCUAGAAGAAAGAAUAAGUGGUCGCCUUAAACAGCAGAGCGAGGCCAGCAGUCGUGAUUACACAUUUUCCUGACCAUAAUGAUGAUUCAUAUUGUGUUCAUUCCGUCAACGCUGCUGCGGUGUCCAUGGCGAUGGUAAGCAUUGAAAUACUCAGAGGAGCGUGAGGGCAGGAGGGAAUAAGAGAACCCCACAGAGCUCAGCGUGGCAAUAAAGAAAGGAACAGCAAAGGGAAGGCACAUUAGUGUCUAUACACUGAUUGUUGCCAUGUUACAGUUGUCAGGGAAACCUGAAGUCACAGACAGACAUCAUGUCCAAUUUAGCUUUGUGAAUGUCUUUUUUUAUAUGCAUAUUGAGCUGUCGACAGUUCUUCAGUAGGGAGUUGCAUUAUCAGCCCUUUACACCAAACUAAAAGAUUUCUGAUCAAGUAUCAGCCUCCGUACUCUCGUCUGUACUUCCCUGCACCUGCAGCACUGCCUUCCUCCCACUGCCACCCACACGUGAGCAGAGAUUUAGCACAUCGCAGGUCAU